CACAACACUACAGAAAAUGUAGAAGAAGAAAAACAUGCUUUAUGAUACUUGCUUACAUGCCUGUCUUUAAAACUAUGUGAGGUUUUACUUCAUUCGGUUUCUAAACAAAGCGAUUUUAAUAUCGUAAAAACUGCGUGUGUAAUGGCUACACCAGCUGCACGGCUUUUCAGUAAACUUGACGGGCUUUUCGCUGUGUACAAACCACAAGGUGUUCACUGGAAACAUGUCCGGGACACGGUAGAGACGAACCUGCUGAAAGUGCUGAAUUCGUGUCCUGCAGCUCCCCAGCGAUCUGUGGUCCACUUUCAGCUUUUACCAAGUGGAGACUGCAGUGGUUCCAACCAGCUCACUGUCACCAAAUCCAAUCUACCUGCUCUGUCUGAUCAUCCUCUGGUGACAGGACCAAGGUUUUAUAAGAUACGUGUUGGAGUUGGCCAUCGAUUAGAUGCAUUUUCCUCCGGAGUGUUAGUUCUGGGUCUGGGUAAUGGAAACACUGCCCUGGAGAGUUUGUACAGAUUACAUGUAACCAGGGAGUACACACUGGAAGGGGAGUUUGGAAUAGCUACAGAUGAUUUCACUCACACUGGACGAGUUAUAGAGCGAAGCACAUCUGAUCAUGUUACAACUGACAAGCUAGAGAGAGUAUUGGCAAUGAUCCAGGGAGCCAAUCAGAAAGCUUUAAUAAUGUACUCGCAGGUGGACCUGAGCACUCAGGAGGCUUAUGAGCUGGCAGUGAAGGGGCUGUUGCGUCCACAGGAUAAAAGUCCUCCUAUUUUAACUGGCUUACGAUGUCUCCACUUUAAACCGCCUCGGUUCACACUGGAGGUUCAGUGUGUGAAUGAAACUCAGCGGUUCCUUCGGAAACUGGUGCACGAGGUGGGGUUGGAACUGCGUACUAAUGCGGUCUGCACCAAGGUACGUCGCACACGGGACGGUCCUUUUAAAAUGGAGGAUGCUCUGACUCACCAUCACUGGUCUGCUGAUGAUAUUAUACCAGCCAUUGCAAACUUUCGCCAUACUACCCGGAAAAUCCGGAAGAAUGACAUUUACAGGCAAGCUGUCAAGCCGUCAAACUCAACAACACAGACUCCAGGCCAAUCAGAGACUAGUCUGUUAGAGUCUGUAAACCAGGACAAAGCAGAAUCACUGCAGAGUCCUUCUGCAGAACAUCUGUUGACACCAAGCAAUUCUAAUGUCCUUUAAUUUUGAAGGUGGAUAAAGACCAAUUAUUCUAUGGUGGAGAUUUGUGUUCUGGCUUAAUUAUUGUAUAUUGUUAUAUAAGAGGGUCAAAUGACAACCCAAAAAAUACAGCAGAAAAAAAAAGGAGUGCUAAAAAUAUUUUCAAUUCAAUUGUAAAAAGAUUAUGUAAAAGAAAUACACUUUGUCUCAAUAUUUGCAAUAAACAAUGCAAAAAAACAA